AUGUAUUGUGUAUGUUCUCUGGGAAGAGAGUGCUCCCAAAACGCUACUUUGGAUGAUGAGAAGGAGGUAAAAGUUAAACAUGAGAAUAGCAGUUCGGGUGGAGGUUAUUUCACAGACUAUGCUAAGUACAGAGCGGCUAAACUGAAAAGUGACAGUACUCCUGCGCACAGUACGUCGGCGGGGGCGCCAACGAUAACGACGCUAGUUUUUGAGGAGAGCGAAGGACGCUCAACAUCAGAACCGUCGAGUCCCUUUUUAGAUAGGGACAGCGUCUCAAUAGCCGAGUCAAACGUGACCUGUCUCGAAAUCAGAGACAGCUUAGCCAAAAAAUAUUACUACAGAGUGUUUGAUGAAGAUUUAGACGAGUAUGCCUCUUUCGAACCUGUUAAAAUACACAACUCUGGGCAGCGUGGCACAGUCCCUGCGGAUCUCAGCGGCUCUCUACAUCGUGUUGCUCCAGCCAAGUUUGAAGUGGGGAAUUACAGGAUGCGCCAUUUCUUUGAUGGUCUGGCAAUGGUCUAUAGCUUCACCAUAGAACAGGGCACCGUACAAUUUCACAGCAAAUAUAUUGAGAGUGAGGCCUAUACCAAAGCCAUGUCAACAAACUGUAUCCUCCACUCCGGAUUCGGUACUGUUCGCUUCCCGGAUCCCUGUAAGAACAUAUUCUCCAGGUAUUUUUCCUACUUCUCCGACGACAGAAUAACUGAUAAUCCAUCUGUCAACCUUCUUCCCUGCGAGGACGCCUUGCUCGCCAUUACUGAAACUAAGUACUGGACCAAGUUGGACCCAAAGACGUUGACAACAACGGAGAAGAGGAUCGACAUGUCGCGACUUAUCAGUGUGGCCACUCCUGCACACCCGCACAUAGACGCCGAGGGAAAUUUCUACAACUUUGGCACGUUGUAUGGCGGGAGGCCGUCCUACUACUUGUCCAAGAUUCCACCACGUUUAGACGUGAUUACCAACAACGAAGGUCCCAAACCAGAUGAAGAUAAACCCCAACCAGAAAUUCUUGCCAAGAUUUUUGGCCAGUUCAAAGCGUUCCCAACAUAUUUCCACAGCUUUGCAAUGUCGGAAAACUACCACGCGCUCGUCGAGCAGCCUUUGGGCAUGAACGUGCUGAAACUGAUGACAAUGAAGGUGACCAGAAAGAGCGUUCAAGAAGCUAUGGAAUGGUACCCAACAAUCAAAGCACGGUUCCGAUUGGUCAAUCGAAAGACCAAUGAGGAGGUAGCACAACUGUUCACUGCGGACCCCUUCUUCGUCUUCCAUCAUAUCAACGCUUAUGAAGAGGAGGACCACUUGAUAAUAGACCUGUGCGGAUACAGUGACCCAAGCAUCAUUGACGCCUUCUAUCUGAAGAAUUUAGAUCCUGAAAGCGGGUUGUCACGGUUCCGAUUGGUCAAUCGAAAGACCAAUGAGGAGGUAGCACAACUGUUCACUGCGGACCCCUUCUUCGUCUUCCAUCAUAUCAACGCUUAUGAAGAGGAGGACCACUUGAUAAUAGACCUGUGCGGAUACAGUGACCCAAGCAUCAUUGACGCCUUCUAUCUGAAGAAUUUAGAUCCUGAAAGCGGGUUGUUUUCGGACGAAGUGUUCCCCGAACACACUUUACCGGAGGUCCGUCGCUACGUGCUGCCUUUGAAACCGACAUCCGACGCGAUCUCGAGGAAAGAGAAUCUCAUCACCGUGGAGCGUUUCAGAAACCGAAUGGAAGCUCGGUAUGACAUGACAGACGGGAGCAUCCACUGCACGUUCAUCGUGAUAGGCAAACCUGGUUUGGAACUUCCCCGAAUUAACUACGCCAGCUACAACGGUAAGAAGUACCAGUACGUCUAUUGCUGGGGCUCGUUCGCAGGGAAGCACAGCUAUCGAAACGCCGUAGUUAAAGUGGAUAUGGAGAGCGGCACGGAAGUGGCAUGGCGCGGCAGCCACACCCAGUACCCCAGUGAGCCUGUCUUUGUCCCUCUAGCGUCCGCCGGGAACGAUGAGGACAGCGGUGUGGUGCUCACGGCAGUAACGGACGUUGGUCAAGGAAAGCCGGACUUCUUGCUGAUAUUGGACGCCAAAACUAUGGUGGAGUUGGCCCGGGCAGAGGUGCCUACUGAUGUUAACGUUCCGUUCGGUUUACAUGGGCUUUUCACUUCAUAAGAUUGGGAUAAGAGCUUCAUCAAUGGACGCAAGGCACAUGUCAGUAGUUAUGCAUAUUUUAAAUCAGCUUUAGACACAAUGUGUAAAUGCGUUGAGUAACUGUGCCUAUUACUUCCGACGACAUAGAAAUGACCGCGUCGUCGACGUCGCUGUGGCAGUGCCACCGUGACUGAUCUCGUUGCCCUCACUGUCCAACACAAUCAACUAAAUCAAGGUAUAAAACAGCAGUAGCAUUGCGUUUACACAAUUUUCUGCAAACAAACCGUAAACUUUAACCAAGGAAAAAGAAACUGCAAAAGAUAUGCACUGUCUUUGUAUAAUUAACAAGUUGAUGGAUUUGUUUUGACAACGAAAAUUGCGACACAUGGACCAAUGCAAACAAUGAAACUGAAGUCAAAGCU